AUGCUCGGCUCUGGUCCUAAUAAGCUUCUCACUUUGAAGAUCCCAAACACGGUCAGUGGAGAUGUGGAAAUACGCAGCUUCAAAAGCAAGGGCGUAGAGGGAACCGUGCUUCUGACGGAAAACAAGACUUUUCGAAUCGUGUGCAGAGAAGACAGCAACACCUUCCUCGUGAAAGACGUUGAUACGAGCGCUCUCUCCAUGAUAGAGAUGUGCCUGGAGUGUGCUGAGCUAAAGUACGGGGAGAAAGAGAUUAUGGAGGUCCUCCCUGAAGUGUGCAUCCCCACUGUAAAUAACGCAAAAAUGUACAUUUCCAAGGAGAAACUGCUUUCCAUGUACCCCAUGACGGACGCCGAGUACAAAGAGAUUUUCGUGCGGAACAGAGUCCUGCGCGUGCUCUCUUCUGGAACGGAGUAUUUCUCAAAGACGUCAAAAACGUGCGCUGUUGAGGUGCUUCUUCUUCUGAGGAGUCUCUCGCUCAGCAAAGAAACCGAGUGCGUGCAGCAAAUAGAGAGCGCCUUUAACGAAAUACUCUCGCCCGUGCUCUUCCAGCUGGCGCAUCCGUACGUGCGGGAAGGCGCCAUUGACAUAAAGUCCGUGCGGAGAGACGUGAUAGGCCUCAUCCGGGAAAUUUCAAAGACCCCGGAGGAGUUCAGCAGAAACAUAGACGUAAACUGUCUCGGAGAGUGA